UUAUAGAAUUUGAAGAUGCCCUGGAGCAGGAGAAGAAGGAGCUGCAGAUCCAAGUUGAACACCUUGAGUUUCAGACCCGACAGUUGGAGCUGAAGACCAAAAACUAUGCAGACCAGACAGGAAGGAGCGUCCUAAUUCUCUGAACGUCUUCCCCCUUGCAGAUGGAAUGUGUGAUACCCAUACAAUUGUGACUACUCAUGGUGACUGCUAUGACUUUUGGGCCUUUACAAUGCAUUUUGGAGGUCUCUGCCCCACAUUUGAUGUUUAGGAGGUUGACAGGUAUGGCUUGUAGGUAAGUGGUGGUUGUGGAGAGCAUCCUUUUGGUAAGUGGUGGGUUAUAGAGAUGACUUCCUGAAUAAUGGAGGAUGGCUGGUGAGUUAAGGAGAUAUAUGGCACUAAUAGAGCUCUUAGUAGAGUAGAAUGAAUAUAUCAGCAACCUGUCUAUAAGAGUUCCUGGAAGAUUGGAGGAAUACGUCAACAGUAUCUAAAGGUUUGGGAGUGGACAUACACAAAAUGGACUGGGAGGCUAUGGAGGAUAUUCCAUAUGCAGAAAGUUAAGAAGCAUAACCAAGGGGAAGUUGAAGACCCUGGUAGUAAUUUCAAGAUAUGUUGUGGGUAAAAUGAGGACUGUAACAAUAAGCAGGAGUUUAUGAAGCACACUCUUUAGAGAGAUAGGAGAUAUGGGCAUUAUUCCAUAGGUGAUGGUAACAUAGUGUUUCCAAAUGUCCUGUAGCUCCUUUGAAGAAGUAAUAAAUCAUGGAUUGAUGUGGGUGUCCAUUUAGUGCUUUGAAAUCCUUAGAGAUUUUUGUUAUUGAGAAGGGUGAUAGGUUGUGUGUGUGUGUGUGUGUGUGUGUGUGUGUACACAUUACAUAAUGCUGCCAUACCUUGGUUUUGUUUUGUUUUGUUUUUUUAAUUUACUUUUCACAUUGAAUAAUACUAUGAAUUAGCCCCUUGGCUCUAUGGCCUUUAGAGUGCGGUAGUCAGUUGUCAUCAAAUAUAAGUCCUAGGUGCUGGAUUUCUUCUGGAAACCUUUGAUGUGAUACUUUGUCCUAGGAAAGUAUAUAUGGAAAAUAACCUUAAAUUCAUGUCCAUGUAAUAAUUUUGAUGCUCAUUUCAGCAGUUAGAUGUGCAAUGUCCAGCAUGAUGGUAUACGCAUAUAAAUGAAAGACAUAGGUGCAUUUGUUUUGGCUCACAAGAUAAAACAGCAAGCAAAGAAGUGAAUAAAAUUUGAUUGCAGCAUUAUGGUAAAAAUUCUCCAUAUCAAUAUCUGCUUCAGUUGGACCUUAGGAUUCCAGAUAGGAUUGCAAGAAAGGCAUCCACUUGGACAAGCUAUUUUAAACUAAAGCAGUAUGGAAUAAGGGGUCAGAUGGUUCUUAACAAAUGCAUGGCUGCAAAGGGUUGAGUUCCCAUUUUUUUCACAGUCUUCAUUCCCAUCCCAUUUUGACUUCUUUUGCUGUGUUAUAAAGAACACAAAUGUGCAAAUCACUGAAGUACACACAGCAUCACAGCUCCAAGAUUGUGAGGCCUAAGAUAGCCUCAAAAGAGUCAUUAGUAAACUGAGUGGAUGCAGAAACUGUCCAGCAGCUGCAAAUGAGAGAGGAAGUAACCAGAAACAGCUAUAUUUAGUAAGCUGGGGUAUAGACAUCAAUGACUUUUUCACUCAGUUGCAAAACACUGUAAUGUAUAAUUCUAGACAUUGAUUUUGUCACCCCCUUUCAGGCAAUGCCUAAGGUGGGCUGGGCAGUAAAUAGUUAUACACUUUGCCAAUGGAUUUCACUUCAGUUUGGGUAGAAGAUGAAUUGCUAAAUCUGAAGCAGUGUUUCCUUAAAGGGAAAGCAGGAAGAACAGCAUCAAAUCCUCGGGCAUUUUUAAAAGCUUCCUGUGUUUUUUAGGAUGUGGUACUAUGAGGAAUGACACUGCCAUGUAUAUACAUACCAGAGACUUGUUGGUGUACAUUUCAAGUUUGAUAUACCUCUCAUGAAUUUCUUUAUAACAUCUUUUGAUUUUUUUUUUUUUAACACCUGAGUCCCACCUUUGGCUGUAUUCUGUGUCACUUUGGGUUCAUGCCUGGCUAGCUUCUAGAUGAGAUGAUCCAGCCAUGUCAUUCUUCCCGUCCAGCAAAAUAAAACCAUUUCAGCUUGGUUUCCACUUUGCUUCUGCUACCUAGGCUCAAAAAUACUUCCCUGUGCUUUCAAAUGAAGUGGCAGCAUUAGAAAGAUAUUAAACAAAGCUCUGUGUGCCCUACAAUGGAUGCAUUGACCCACCAGUGACAGAGCCAGAGCUUUUAUGGGACCACUUCAUAUACUGCCUAAUGCAAUGUCCAGAAAUGACUGUCUUCUCCCUCUUGCACUGGGCAUCUGGAAACUGUUGGCCUGAUUUUUUUUUAGAAGUACCAAGCACUCAAAAAUCCCUCUGAAUCCAAUGAGUGCUGCAGGUGCUUUUCACCUUUGACAGUUGGGCCACAUUUGUUAAAAUAGGAGAUUGUGAGGAGAAUUCAUAUCUGAUUUGACAUCUGAAGACUUGGUAAGCCCCCUAAAUAUUGAAGGAAUAUGGGGAUUAGUAGUGAAGGAGUAAGUUUUUGACCAGGUAGGAUAACUGAGUUCAGCUCAAGACCUUGCUCUUCAGUUGUGGUGGCAGUGCCAAGCAUGCACAGUGAGCCCUGGGUGUUUAGUGCUUGGCACUCAUUUCCCAUAAUGCUACAAGGCAACCAUCAGGUCAGUAAAUGAGAAAUUAACUGACACACACAGCUGUGCUUUUCCCUUUCUGUGUUCUUCCCCAUCUGUAUUAUCACAGUGCCCACAAGAUGAAAUGUCUGAAUCUGGGCAGUCUUCUGCAGCAGCCACACCGAGCACCACUGGAACAAAGUCCAACACGCCAACUUCAUCUGUGCCCUCUGCUGCUGUCACACCCCUGAAUGAGAGCAUCCAGCCCAUCAGUGACUACAAUGGCACGGGCAAGAACAGUAAGAGAGCGCGGGAGAAACGGAAUAGCCGGAACAUGGAAGUCCAGGUCACCCAGGAGAUGAGAAAUGUCAGCAUAGGAAUGGGCAGCAGUGAUGAGUGGUCUGAUGUUCAGGACAUCAUAGACUCUACUCCAGAGCUGGAUAUGUGUCAGGAUCCCAGACUGGAGCGCACUGGAAACAGCCCAACACAGGGGAUUGUAAACAAAGCUUUUGGCAUCAACACAGACUCUCUGUAUCAUGAGCUUUCCACAGCAGGAUCUGAGGUCAUUGGGGAUGUGGAUGAAGGAGCAGACUUGCUAGGGGAGUUCUCAGGAAUGGGCAAAGAAGUGGGGAAUCUGCUGUUGGAAAACUCUCAGCUUCUGGAGACCAAAAAUGCUUUGAAUGUUGUGAAGAAUGACUUGAUCGCCAAGGUGGACCAGCUGUCUGGAGAGCAGGAAGUGCUGAAGGGGGAGCUUGAAGCAACAAAGCAAGCCAAAGCAAAGAUGGAGAACAGAGUCAAGGAACUAGAAGAGGAACUUAAGAGGGUGAAAUCUGAAGUUAUCGUUGCCCGACGAGAACCCAAAGAAGAGGUGGAGGAUGUAAGCAGCUAUCUCUGUACAGAAUUGCAGUGCUCCUCCCCCCUGCAGGACAACAUUCCUAUAGCCCAACGUCGCCGCUUCACCCGUGUGGAGAUGGCCCGUGUCCUGAUGGAACGCAACCAAUACAAAGAGAGGCUGAUGGAGUUACAGGAGGCUGUCAGGUGGACAGAAAUGAUCAGAGCUUCCCGGGAGCAUCCAUCUGUCCAGGAGAAGAAGAAAUCUACCAUUUGGCAAUUCUUCAGCCGCCUGUUCAGCUCUUCAUCCAGUCCCCCACCUGCGAAGAGGACUUACCCAUCAGUGAACAUCCAUUAUAAGUCUCCAACAGCAGCUGGGUUUAGUCAGCGUCGCAGCCACACCAUGUGCCAGAUCUCCUCUGGGAGCCGUACCCUUGAGUUCUUCCCUGAAGAAUUGAGAAGUAACACUGUUGCUUCUCUCCUCAGUGACUGUACAUCAUCCGCACGUCGCGAACAGAAACGCGAGCAGUACCGCCAGGUCCGGGAACAUGUGCGGAAUGAUGAUGGUCGCUUACAGGCAUGUGGGUGGAGCCUUCCUGCCAAGUACAAGCAGGUAGGCACAUUUGCAGAGGAGGAACAACAGGUGAUCACAAUGCCAAAUGAAACCAGUGAAGACCACACUUUCCCAUUGUUGAGUCCCAAUGGUGGCCAGGAAGACACCCGAAUGAAAAAUGUCCCAGUUCCUGUGUACUGUCGCCCACUGGUAGAAAAGGACCCCACCAUGAAGCUGUGGUGUGCAGCAGGAGUCAAUCUGACAGGGUGGAAGCCUUUUGAACAGGAGUCUGGGAAUGGACAGAAGCUGGAACCCGGACGUGAUCCCCUCACCUGUGAUCGGGAAGUGGAAGGAGAAAACAAGAGUAACCACACAUCUCCAGAAAAGAAAAAGGCUAAGGAGUUGCAUGAGAUGGAUGCCACAUCCAGCCGAGUAUGGAUUCUCACGAGUACCCUGUCUACAAGUAAAGUAGUGAUCAUUGAUGCCAAUCAGCCAGGCACAGUGGUGGACCAGUUUACUGUCUGCAAUGCCCAUGUACUCUGCAUUUCCAGCAUCCCUGCGGCCAGUGACAGUGACUACCCCCCAGGCGAGAUCUUUCUGGAGGGUGAUGUGAAUCCAGAAGAGUCAUCUGGAACAGAUGGCGUCCUUGCGGGAAUCACUCUGGUGGGUUGUGCAACCCGGUGCAACGUGCCACGCAGCAACUGUUCUUCCCGGGGUGACACACCUGUGCUGGAUAAGGGACAAAGUGAGGUGGCUGCAGUCAGCAAUGGGAAAAUCAAUCAGUCCCAGUCCACAGAAGAGGCAACAGAAGCUACAGAAGUACCAGAGAAUGGUGCAAGUGAAACAGAAUCAGCCCAAGUCCGGCCUGGUCCACUUACAGAACAUGUUUUUACAGAUCCAGCUCCAACUCAGGCACCUGGGAGGCAGAACAGUGAGAACGGGCACCAGAAGUCAGAGUCCAGCACAACGCUACCAGAGCAGGAAGCAAACGGUGAUGCUUCUGGAACCUGUACCAGUGCUGCACCCACCAUGUGGCUUGGAGCACAGAAUGGCUGGCUAUAUGUGCACUCAGCAGUCUCCAACUGGAAGAAGUGCCUGCACUCAAUAAAGCUGAAGGACUCUGUGCUGAGCCUGGUGCAUGUGAAAGGACGGGUUCUCGUUGCUCUGGCUGAUGGAACACUAGCCAUAUUCCACCGAGGAGAAGAUGGUCAAUGGGAUCUCAGCAACUAUCACCUGAUGGACCUGGGUCAUACGCACCAUUCUAUCCGCUGUAUGGCUGUUGUGUACGAUAGAGUCUGGUGCGGCUAUAAGAACAAAGUCCAUGUCAUCCAGCCCAAGACGAUGCAGAUUGAGAAGUCCUUUGAUGCCCACCCACGCCGGGAGAGCCAAGUCCGGCAACUGGCAUGGAUUGGAGAUGGGGUGUGGGUUUCCAUCCGCCUAGACUCCACACUGAGACUGUACCAUGCCCAUACCCAUCAACACCUUCAGGAUGUGGACAUUGAACCUUACGUCAGCAAGAUGCUAGGCACUGGAAAGCUGGGCUUCUCGUUUGUGCGGAUCACAGCCCUGCUCAUUGCUGGCAACCGCCUCUGGGUAGGGACAGGGAACGGUGUCGUCAUUUCUAUCCCCUUGACUGAGACUGUAGUCCUCCACCGAGGCCAACUCCUUGGGCUCCGGGCCAAUAAGACGUCCCCAACAUCAGGAGAGGGGAAUCGCUCUGGUGGAGUCAUUCAUGUGUAUGGGGAUGACAGCAGCGACAAAUCUGCCAGCAGCUUCAUCCCCUACUGUUCCAUGGCUCAGGCGCAGCUCUGCUUCCACGGCCACCGGGAUGCUGUCAAGUUCUUUGUCUCUGUGCCUGGCAAUGUUCUUGCAACCCUGAAUGGAAGUGUGUUGGACAGCCCCUCUGAGAACCCCAGUACAACAGCCACCGAGACUGAGGGGCAGAAGCUGAAGAAUGUCUUGGUGCUGAGUGGAGGAGAGGGGUACAUCGAUUUCCGGAUUGGGGAUGGAGAAGAUGAUGAAACAGAGGACAACACUGGAGAUGCCACCCAAGUGAAGCCAAUGCUUUCCAAGGCUGAGAGAAGCCACAUUAUCGUGUGGCAAGUCUCCUACAUCCCUGAGUGAGAGUCUCUCCUUUCCUGCCAAUGUAACUCUCCCUCCUCCCGCUGAAUGCCAAGAUGUACAUACAGAACUCCUGCAUUAUAUCUACUGCUGGAAUCGGAACCCCAGACACCUGCAGCAGCUCCUGCAUCGGACUGCAACCCAUUCUAACCUCUGAACGUGCAGCUUUCAUCUUGGGCCCAUAUGCUCUUUGAGUGCUCAGGUAGUUGUUCUCCUUCCAAUGCUGGUGUCUCCAAGGGAAAAAAUGGAAGAAAAUCUUCAGAGUGAAGCUGGCAGUCAAAACCUGUGCAAGCACCUCUGAUUUGGAAGGGCUGGCCCAUGUUACCAGGAAGGCUGCUUCACUCCCACCUGCAUGAGAAGCAGUGCAUCUCUCCAAUGUGCCCCACUGAAGUGAAGCUGAUGAAUUGCCGCUUGCCAACAGCUCCAAAGAAAUCUUUUCCUGUUCACCACAUAGAAUUCCUAUCCCCUCCCCUCUGUGUAGAUUGUACCCAGGCACAGAAUAUUACCCCAGAUCUAAGGGUAGCCCAUGUGCAGAGAUGGGACCACAAAAAGUUUCUAUUGUUUGGUGAUAGGGCAACAGUCCUAUGAAGAAGGGGUACAGUGAAGAAUACUUUCUGCACAUGGAAAGAUGGAGUCUCCCUCCUUCCUCUACUGCUAUUGUUUGGUCACUAGGUAACAUGGAGUCUGUGCUGGGCAAUGUGAGACUGGGAAGGACUGUUUGCUUGGUAGGGAGAUAGAAGGAAGGUGUCUGAUAUCAAAGGCCUCUAGCAUUCUGGAAUGCUGUAGCAGUGAAUACGUGCUGAAAUCUCAUUGGUUAGCUGAAGGAAAAGCCUGAAAUACUUUUUCCAUAUAUAAGUUUUGGAAGGGAAAGUUUAAAGACAUUUAGGUUUCCUUAUUUUUACAAGCCCCAAACAUGCAGAGAGACAAGCUGAUGUUGUUCAAUGGGUGUUAAUUUGUAAAGUGUAGGUGAAGGCAAGUUAAGCAGUCCUCUGUGUUGCUGUGCUAUGAUGUGUGUUAACACAGUGAGGUUUUAUUGAAUGACUUGUGAAGACAACAUCCCGUUUUGGGCAUUGCUGACUUUCUGCAGGGAGAAAUAAGUGUAUCCCUCACCGUGACUGGGAGGAAAGGAUGUUACAGAUGGGGAACCAUGUUUUACCCAAAGUCACUCAGGCAGCCUGUGACAGCAGGGAACGAAUGCAGCUGUUCUGACUCCCCUUGCUGGUGCCCCAAGCAAUGGACUGUUUGCAGUUCUGGGUGUGCAGAAAAGAUCAAAUUGUUUCACUACUGGAAUGCAUGAUGGUCCCCAGGAGAGGCUUUCACUGUCCUUCCAUGGAAUUGCAAACACUGGUUUGCCCUGCAUAUAGGAGGAGGAUGCAGUGUUCACUCCAGAAUGAAGAGGUGAGGAGUGACUUCCUUGUGCUUUGUCCAUCAUGUACCUAACUUCCUGCCUAAGAAGAAGCAAGAAAUAACCUGUCCAGGCAGGCUGUUUGAAAUUUGCCAUACAGGAGCACAGCAUUUGUGCUUGGAAGGUGUUGGUGUCCCUUUCUAACAUGCCCCAUUGCUUCUUUGUUUGCCUGUUAGGUGAGGCUAAAUUGAAGCUUUCAAGGAAGUUUCCCUCAUUUCCUACAACAUGGCCCAUAUUGUAUAGAUACAUCCUAGGGAAAUUUUUGCCUUUCUCUGAUGCAUCUAGCUGCAUGCCCAGUUGGAGAGAAGAUACUGGAGUGGAUGGACCAAUUGUCUUGUAUGCUAUAGUAACUUCUGUGUUGCUGGAACAUGGUACACAUGGAGCUGUAGCUGGAUGCAUCCUUUGUUUAGCAGCAAUACCUUCGCCCAGAGCUUUGCAAACAAGGAUAGUACAGAGAAGGCUGGGAGAGAGAGUGCACAUCAGACCAUUUGAAGCAGCAGUGACAUACCGGAGAACAGGGGCUUCAGCAUCCUACUUAGCAGUGAGAGAAAUUUGGUGGUGCCACAAAUUGCCUGUGAGCAGUGUUGGAUUACUGAGGGAGCAUACUAUGCUGCAGAUUGAGGUAGGGAUGAGUUCUGAAUCAUGUCUUGCAGUCAUGUACCAGCUUUGCUGUUUGUUUCUACAGCAUCCUUUUAGUAGGUGUGGGCAGCAGAACACCUCCAUGGGAAGGGGUCCCCAGUGCGACACAUGUGACUGAGAGGCUUUUCUGAAUGAGCCAGGCUUCUGUUAUGCCAUGGCCAUGUUCCAGAAAUGCUGUCUGACAGGAGAAGUCACUGUGAGUAGCAACAGAGUAUGAGGUAGGGAGGGAGGAAGGAAAAAAAAUAGCAAGUUCCAUACAACAUGUACUACCACCAGUUAAUUUGGGCUGACAGCAUAAAAUGGAAUUGACAUCAGUUGCUUAUUUAAAUUGAAUGCUCCAUAUGAAAACUAUGAAACAUUCUGUAUCUGUUUUUAUCAGUGACAGUACUUGCUCCUCUAUCUCCUACUGAUUGCUCCAAGGCAAAUGGAGAGAAGAGGUCUCAAAUCAUCUCAGCAGGUUCAGUUCCCUUGCAGCUUGAAGCAUGUUUUCCUUGAAGAGAAGCACACAUUUAAAAGGGGGGGCAGCUAUGGCCACUGCUGCUGUGUUCCUGUCAUCCUUCGGUGGCUACUGGGCAGCAAGGUGAGAGCUGAUUGGCUUACACUUCCCCAUCAUAUCUCCACUGUGAUGUAUGUAAAGUACCUUGUAUGUUAUAAAAGGAUUUAAAAAAAAAAAAGUGUCUUAAGGCCUGUAAACUCCGCUGUUCGGUCUGAAGAUGGCAUUCUGUAAAGAGACUGCUGUAUGAAUACUUUCCCAUGCUUUGUCCCCUAUGCUAUCAAACAAAUGAACCAUAUCUGUUCUGUAUGUAAUAAAUGUGUUAACAUCAGCAAGUGCAAAUGUCUAUUUGUUGGCUUGCAUUUGCAGACAUUUCUAAUAAACUUUCAUAAUGGAUGGGCUACUCUGAGGGCCAUUAGGGCAGUCACCUCAGAUUCUCACCUGUUAACAUUUUUAAAACAAGCCUGCUCAUUUUAUUCACCUUUAACUUCAAAUGUCAGUUCAUUGUGUUACUGGCUUUAAAAAUGUUAACACAGCCAAAGAACAUGUAGAACCAAGGCAGCCAAGGGGCAAUAGGAUAGGAACUAAAUGAAAGUCCCAUAAACAGGGCCAAAAUUCAAGCUGACAAUUAUCCGAUCGUUAAAAUGGAUCCCCUAAAUACAUCAUUUUGUAUUUAGCCCCAUGAGUGUUUCUAAUGUAUUUACAAACUGUGGCUGCAUUUUUAUGAUCACUUAGCAUCAUACAAUU